ACGGCAACGCCGCACUGCUCUUGGAGAGGUCACUCCGGAGACGGCGUUGCUCUCGGGCCGUGGGGGCUGCUGGCAGCAUGUGGCGCGUCUGUGCUCGACGGGCCCAGAAUGCGGCCCCAAGGGCAGGAUUCGGGGUUCGGUGGGCGGCCUUGCGGGAGGACCCGGGAGCUCCAGGCGUGACCCCGCGGGCUGGCGCGGCUCCGGCUCGUUGCAGUAGUGGGACCACGGCGUAUGGCCGUGUCCGGGCACUCUGCAGCUGGAGUCCCAGCUCGUGGGCCACACGGAGGAAUCGCCUCCUGCUGCAGCUUUUGGGAUCGUCCAGCCGCCGCUGUUAUAGCCUGCCCCCGCAUCAGAAGGUUCCAUUGCCCUCUCUCUCCCCCACAAUGCAGGCAGGCACCAUAGCCCGUUGGGAAAAAAAGGAAGGGGAAAAAAUCAAUGAGGGUGAACUAAUUGCAGAGGUUGAAACUGAUAAAGCCACUGUUGGAUUUGAGAGCCUGGAAGAGUGUUACAUGGCAAAGAUACUGGUUGCUGAAGGUACCAGAGAUGUUCCAGUUGGAGCGAUCAUCUGUAUCACAGUUGAAAAGCCUGAGGAUAUUGAGGCCUUUAAAAAUUACACAUUGGAUUCCUCGGCAGCAUCUACCCCACAGGCAGCCACAGCACCAACCCCUGCUGCCCCUGCUUCAUCACCUACACCUUCUGCUCAGGCUCCUGGUAGCUCAUUUCCCACUCACAUGCAGGUGGUUCUUCCUGCCCUCUCUCCCACCAUGACCAUGGGCACAGUUCAGAGAUGGGAAAAAAAAGUGGGUGAGAAGCUAAGUGAAGGAGAUUUAUUGGCAGAGAUAGAGACUGACAAGGCCACUAUAGGUUUUGAAGUACAGGAGGAGGGUUACCUGGCGAAAAUCCUGAUCCCUGAAGGCACAAGAGAUGUCCCUCUAGGAACUCCACUUUGUAUCAUUGUGGAAAAAGAGGAAGAUAUACCAGCGUUUGCUGACUAUAGGCCAACUGAAGUAACUGAUUUAAAACCACAAGCACCACCAUCUACCCCACCCCCGGUGGCCCCUGUUCCUCCAGCUCCCCAACCUGUAGCGCCUAUACCUUCAGCCACCCGCCCAGCUACUCCUGCUGGACCCAAGGGAAGGUUGUUUGCUAGCCCUCUUGCAAAGAAAUUGGCAGCAGAGAAAGGGAUUGAUCUUACAUAUGUAAAAGGCACAGGACCAGAAGGCAGAAUCAUUAAGAAGGACAUCGACUCUUUUGUGCCUACGAAAGCUGUUCCUGCUCCAGCAGCUGCUGUGCCUGCCGCAGGUCCAGGAGUGGCACCCGUUCCUACAGGUGUCUUCACAGACGUCCCAAUCAGCAACAUUCGUCGUGUUAUUGCACAGCGGUUAAUGCAGUCUAAGCAAACCAUACCUCAUUAUUACCUUUCCAUUGAUGUAAAUAUGGGAGAAGUUUUGUUGGUACGGAAAGAACUUAAUAAGAUGUUAGAAGGGAGAAGCAAAAUUUCUGUCAAUGACUUUAUCAUAAAAGCUUCAGCUUUGGCAUGUUUAAAAGUUCCUGAAGCAAAUUCUUCUUGGCUGGACACCGUUAUAAGACAAAACCAUGUUGUGGAUAUCAGUGUUGCAGUCAGUACUCCUGCAGGGCUCAUUACACCUAUUGUAUUUAAUGCACAUAUAAAAGGACUGGAAGCCAUUGCUAAUGAUGUUGUUUCUUUAGCAACCAAAGCACGAGAGGGUAAACUACAGCCUCAUGAGUUCCAGGGUGGCACUUUCACAAUCUCCAAUUUAGGAAUGUUUGGAAUUAAGAACUUCUCUGCUAUUAUUAACCCACCUCAAGCAUGUAUUUUGGCAAUUGGUGCUUCAGAGGAUAGACUGGUUCCAGCAGAUAAUGAAAAAGGAUUUGAUGUGGCUAGCAUGAUGUCUGUUACACUCAGUUGUGAUCAUCGGGUUGUGGAUGGAGCAGUUGGAGCCCAGUGGCUUGCUGAAUUUAGAAAGUACCUUGAAAAACCUAUCACCAUGUUGUUAUAAUUAACCCAGGAAUUUCUAGACUCUCCCAGGUCACAAUGUUCAUUCUUACCAAGAUAUAAAUAUGUUAUUACACAGGUUUUUUUUUAUUUUAAAGUUAACCAGUUAUUUUUGAGUCUGUCCAGAUAAGUUAUUUGUAAUGGGCAUCACUGAAUUUUUCAAAUGACAAUUACACCCACAUAUUGUACACAUUUAAUGAACACCAGAUUUUGAGCUGUGUAUUCCUAGUCAAGGGAACGUGUGGCUUGGCCCUUUGGUGAUAAGUACUUCCACUGGGAAAUGCAGAGGUAGAAUUCUGGUUCCCUAUUGAAACAGAUAUAUAAAGGUAAUCUGAAUGAAACCUUGAGGUUUUGAAAUUUAAUUGCCUCAAAUGUUUUGCUCAUAUUUGAGGGAAAGAGAAGUCACGGAAAGAGAAAAGUCCGUUCUCUUAGAGAAAGGGUUUGAAUUGAAGCUUGAUUUUGGAAUUUAACCCUAAUUUAAAUUUUUCUGUGACAUGAUCUUGGUUUAUCAUGGAUGGGAAGGGUAGAGAACUUCAAGGAAAAUAACUGAAAUUUUAAAAGUUAACUUUUUCUUAGACUUCUUCAACCAGCUGUCCUUUAUUUUUCUAUGAAUCCUGAAAUGGUUGUUUUUACCUCUUGAGAUGAAGAUAUAUAUAAACCAGCUACUUGGUAUAAAUGAGAAUUUGUGUGGGUAUUUAUUUAAACAACUUACAUACAUAAUUUUGAGAGCAGAAUUUAAAAUUACCUCCAAAUAAAAGAAUAUGCUUGUAGAAUUUAACAGAAAGUAGAAAUUAUUCCUUGAAGAUUAAUUGGUGGUUAUUUGCAAAUGAACUUAAUUAUCAGAAUCUGUUACUCAUAUAACUUUGGAAAACUGUAUCAAGUAACUGUGGAAUAAGUGUACAUAUGUAAAAUACGGUUUCUAGUGAGAUGUGUGCCAAAGUCCAUUUAUCACCAAAUCCUGUCUGAAAGGAAAAGGGGGAGAGGGACAUUGGUAAGCAGUUGGGAGUGCUAAAAGAUUAGAAGCGAAGUGGUCAUUUCUACUUGGAUAAAGUAAAAAAUGUUCAGUGUGUACAAAGAAAGUGUUCUGUGUUUUUCCACCCGAUGUUGUCUCAUGUACAAUAAGAAAGUCCUAAAAUCCUAUUGGAAAGAAAAAAAAUAGUUUAGGUUGCUUGCUGCCUUACCAGCCUAAAUAUUUUUUUCCAGUUUGUUACAGUUUGCCUUUCUUAGGGGAGGGGGAGUAGAAGAGGUGAUACUCGGGAUAAUAAAAAUGAAUUUGGAAUAUUGUCACAAUUCCAGACUUUCUAUUGAUGUGUUUUAAUAAAUUAUUUGGAAUUGUUUAUGACUAUUUAAAAUAAAUCUAUCCAGUGUUUCUGUGUAUAUAUGUGGAGCAGUCUCCUGAAAUUUAGGUCUUUCAGUGUUGAAUCUGUUUCUAAAUGUUCUUUAUUACAUGGUGCAGAAGUGACACUGCAUAUAUUCCAGAAUAUUUUCCCUUGCUGUAUUAUGAAAACAGUACAUUAAAUUGAUUUUUCAGUAAUUAGUAAUGUUAGCUUGAAUUGAAGAUUAUGAAGAAGGAACAAGCUUAUCACAAGGGACCAUCACUAUGAGCCACAUCUGGUUCAGAUACACGAAACGUCAGAGAUAAUUCAUUCUUGGCAAAUGCUUAUGGCUCUGUCUGUUGUUCCCUUGAAAGAAUAGUAAAAGGUUGUCUUCUAAUAAAAAUUAUUUUGAGUUAAAAAUUAA